ACCUCUGACCUGUUAUCUCCAGGAGAUGGCGAUAAGCAUGCAUGAAUUCAAAGUUUUAUCCUGCUCGCUUUUAUUUGAAACUUUUUCCUCGUUUGAUUUUAUAUCCUCAACAGGAACUCAUUGAUACACACCUGUCUUCAUGAGCUUUGAGGUAAUGAGCUUGUACAAGUGAGAUCCAACAUGGCCGCAGCACGAGUGGCUCCUAGCGACUCCAUAAGGAUGGAGCCGACAGGGAGCCUGCAUAGCCUCAAGUUCAAUGAUCAGGCCACGAAUGCAAAUGAAGUGGGCGCAGGAAAUUUGUCCCAGGAUGAUAUGGAUCCUAAUACUCGAUGGAUCAUGAAGAACAUCAAACGCCGAGAAUGCAGGCGAUAUGUUGAAAAGCCGGCCAAGAAAGAUGCAAGCAAAGAGGACCAAUCAGCAAUAAGUUUGCCACCAGUGCACCCACCCACCAAGUCUAAACCUAGCGUCCCCAGUGACCCCUAUUGCCUGUGUGGGUACCGCAAAUCACGCCAUCCCCAAGAAUCACUUCUCCUUAAGGGAGCGGAUAAAUGGGACCCCAAGCAAGACACAACUGCUUACCCGACAAAUGCAUUUGGAGAAAUUGAAUUCCCAGGAUUUGGUGACCAUGUCAGCAAGUAUGUGCGUGCUGACCAUCAGACCAGUAUGACCACCAUGCUGAAGCUGAUGGCUGACCGAUGGGGGCUUGAGAUGCCCAAUCUUCUCAUCUCUGUUACCGGCGGCGCCAAGAACUUCCACAUGAAGACACGGCUGAAGGAGGUGUUCAGAAGGGGCCUGAUGAAAGCUGCCCUCAGUACAGAUGCCUGGAUUGUGACGGGGGGAACAAAUGCUGGCGUGAUGAAGCAUGUCGGGGAGGCUGUGCGAGACUUCGGGCUGACCACGGAGGCUCACAAGAAGGUCAUCUGCAUCGGAGUAGCGCCCUGGGGCUGUGUCCAGGAGAAGGAAUUGCUCAUAGACGACAUGGGCAAGUGGCCUGCACUGCACCGGAUUGUGAAUGAUCCCAAGCCCAAACAGUCGUGCCUUGACCCCAACCACACGCACUUCAUACUGGUCGACAACGGCACACAGCAACAGUUUGCUGUUGAGAUCCCCUUCCGGGGUAAACUCGAGAAUGAAAUUGCCAAACAGAAGACAGCAACUGGGUCUGGUGUGCCUGUGGUCCUGCUGGUGCUAGAGGGAGGGCCUGGCACCCUGGAGACGUGUAAAAGUGCCAUUCAGAACAACACACCCGCUGUCAUCAUCAAGGGCUCGGGUCGAGCGGCAGACAUCUUGGCGUUCGCCUACCAGCAUGCAACAGAGAAGGAAGUUGAAGUGGAAGACAAAUUUGGCAGGAAAAUAAAAAUCAUGCAGCCAUAUAUGACAUAUGGCGUGGAAGCAGACAUCACCGAGAUGAUCAGCAGAGAAUUUGGAGAGAAGGAACUAGCGACGCGGGUUGGCUGGGUUCGAACUUGUCUCAAGAAUAAAGACCUGAUCAAUAUAUACGAGCUGGACUCUCGUACGUCCACCAAGGAUGUGGACAUGGCCAUAUUGAAGGCACUCCUGAAAGCUAACCAAAAUGAGGUGAUGGAUCAGCUGAGGUUGGCAUUGUCAUGGAACCGGAUAGAUGUUGCGAAGAGUGAAAUCUUUACAGACAGAGAAUGGGAGAUGGGCCAGCUGGACCAAGUCAUGUUCACAGCCAUUGAGCUGAACCGCGUGAACUUUGUGGACUUAUUCUUGGACCAUGGGGUCAGUCUGAAGGACUUUCUCACCCCAUCACGGCUUCUGCGACUCUAUAAUCAGAUUUCCCGGAACUGCCAGCUGAACACGCUCCUCACCAAGGUCCACGGAGCAUCUACAGAGGCGCGGAAGUUCAGUCUGGCAGAUGUGGGACAUCUGCUGCAGGAGCUGAUCGGGGACUACUACCAACCAUACUACCUGACUGACAGCCGCUUCAAGAACCUCAAACCGGAGCAGCUUCUUAGUGCACCAGAGCCGGAGCCAGGGUCUGUUCCACAGGUCAGCGGGGACUUGCAGUUACAUCGGCCCAUCCAGGAGCUGUUCAUCUGGUCGGUCCUCAUGAACAGGCAGGAGCUCGCUAAACUGUUCUGGAGAGAAGGGAACGAGCAAACAGCGGCAGCUCUGGUUGCCAACAGCAUUCUCAAGGCUCUGCGCAAGUGUACAGAUGAUGCCGAGCUGAUGAAAACACUGGAGUCAAAUGCGAAUGAAUUUGAAGACCUGGCAGUCGGGGUUCUCAACAGCUGCUACAACUCGGAUGAGCAGAAGGCCCAGGACCUGUUGAUCAGGGAGCUGGAGAACUGGGGCAGUGCCACGACCGUCCUCAUCGCAGUGGAAGCAGACAGCAAGAAGUUUGUGUCGCAGACAGCAUGCCAGUCUCUCCUCAACAGCAUCUGGAUGGGCAAAAUGUCAAUGGACAAUGGAAAGAUACUGCUUGUGUCCAGCAUGUUCUUCUUCCCCCUCAUCUGGUUCAUCAUCCGGUUCCGGGAGGAGGAGAAGGCCAAGUUUGAGGCUCUCAUUUCAUCCCAGUCUGACGGAAAGAAGCCAGCAGGAAUGGGCAGCCAGCCACCUCUGAGCCGGGAGAACACGAUGAACCUGCAGCGAACUCCUACGCGGCUGGACAUGAAGGAGCAGCAAGAUGAACCUAAACACAGAGUGAGACGGAUCAACCCGUUCAGGAAGCUGAUGCUGUUCUACACAGCGCCUGUCAUCAUCUUCAGCCUCAAUGUGGUUUCCUAUCUGUUGUUCCUUGGGAUCUACAGCUACAUCCUACUGAUCCAGUUUAACAAAACAUUCUCGGUGUUGGAAGGAAUUCUCAUAUUCUGGGUGUUUACCAUAAUGGUGGAGGAGUGCCGGCAGAUUGUUGCCAACAACGCCACGUCCAUCAAGUCCAAACUGUACAGCUACUUCACCGACUCCUGGAACAUCCUCGACAUCAUCACCAUCGUCCUCUUCACCACCGGGAUGAUCCUCCGCUUCAUCCCUAACGAUGAAAGCUUUAAUGCAGCUCGGGUUGUCCUCAGCAUCAACCUCAUCUCCUUCUUCUUCCGCAUCCUGCACAUCUUCUCUGUCAACAAACAACUGGGGCCGAAGCUGGUCAUGAUCAGGAGAAUGAUUGACGACCUGAUGUCAUUUGUGGUGAUCUUGAUGGUGUUUAUUGUGGCAUAUGCCAUAGCAUCAGAGGCCAUCUUGUAUCCCAACCAGGAGUUGACAUGGGAACUCAUCUACCGCCUGCCCCGGAAAGCUUACUGGACCAUCUAUGGAGAGCUGUUCCUGGAGGAAAUUGAAGGGUCGGCUGAGCCAGCUUGUAGUGAUGACCCGGACAUGUACUUGAACGGCCAGGCCGACCGAUGUCCCACCAGCUACGGAAAGUUCCUGGUGCCAAUCCUAAUGGGUAUCUACAUCCUCCUGACCAACGUCCUCCUCCUCAACCUCCUCAUCGCCAUGUUCAGCUACACCUUCCAACACAUCCAGGACAACACAGAGCUGUAUUGGUACUUCCAGCGCUUCCAGCUCAUCAUCGAGUACCAUUCCCGCCCUACCCUCCCUCCCCCCCUCAUUGUCUUCAGUCAUGUCUUGUACUUGUGCAAAUGUUACCUCCGUCGGUGUUGUGGAAAGACAGGGGAUAGUCCUGGUGGCCUGCGGAAGGAGUACAAGGACAAGAGACUGGAGGAGAAGCAGCUGGUGCAGUGGGAGAACGUCAUCGCCGACGCCUUCCUUAUGAAGACGGACGAGCGAGAGAAGGAGUCGGUUGAAAAUCGAGUGCAGGCAACACUUACUAGACUGGACCUGAUCGCGACGAAGGUGGAUGACCUCCAGGACACCCAGGCAGCAGGGGGCACUGUCAUGGCAGCAGGGGCUGCUUUGAGAGAGGAUGCUUACCCAGCCCUGUACAUGCCGCCCGAGCUGGACGACAGACUCAAGCUGAUUGAGGGCCAGAUGGUGCACACAUUCAAGGCUCUGGACUGGAUCAUGAGGUCUCUGGCUCAAAACCAGAUGGCAUGCAAGGAGCCACGCCCUCAGCUGCCUGACCCGGAGCUUGCCAUUAAACAACGUCAACAGCGGGAGGAGGAGGAGGCUCAACAAGACCGGGACCUGGUGCGGUCUCUCCGCAUACAGCGCUACCAGUACCACUUCGAGUCUCGCAACUCCCCCUACCCAGGCUCCCGUCCCCGGGUUCAGCGUUACCCAGUGCCUGAUGAGAAGGUGCCAUGGACUGAACCCUUCUCUGAAUAUGCACCAGUUGUAUACAGUCAUGACUUCAUCAAGGACAAGGACUGGGCUGAUCCCGAUCUCAUGUCACUAUCUGUUGCACAGCGGAACAUAUUGACAUUCAACAGCUUUGACAAGAAAUUUCGGGUGGAUCGAACAAGUCAUUUGGGCAAAUAUGAUGUUGUUGAUGGUCUUCCAAUCAAUCCUCGGGGUCGGACUGGAAUAACAGGGAGAGGAAGUCUGGGCCGGUGGGGCCCCAACCAUGCAGGCGACCCAGUUGUGACCAGAUGGAAGCUAGAUGAGAUUGGCAACAAAAUGUUGAUGGAUGGCAAGCCCUUGCUACAGUUUGUGGUGGUGCAGAGAUCAGACAACAAACAGUGGGCUCUCCCAGGGGCGAUCUGUGAGCCCCAGCUGAGAGUGUGGGACAUUCUGAAGACGGACUUCACGGCAGAGGCAAUGGACUCCCUGAUGGGGGAACCAGAGGAGAGGGAAAAGAUCCUGGUGAAGCUGGAGGAGCUCUCCAAACUCGGGGAGGAGGUGUACCGAGACUACGCUGAUGACUCUCGCAACACCGACAACGCUUGGCUGGAGACACGUGUGGUCAACUACCACGAUGAGGAAGGCAGUAUAUUGAAGCACUUUGUUCUGAGGCCGCAUAAAGCACAGUUGAGCUAUUGGAAUUCCCUGGUUGGAUAUCAAUAUAUCAGUGCUGGUGACACAGUGGAUGCAGCAAUAUGGCAGACAAUGACAUCAUCGCUGUCACUACACGGCAGCCACUCCUACUUCUGUCAACUGGUGGCUGAGAAGCUUCGAGCUUACUUCUGAGGCAGUGCGAUACCCUGGUGCAUCACCUUCAAUCCCCCACUCAGUUCACAUCAGUUGAGGAGUCAUCAGCUACACCAGAACCUGUUUAGGCCGGUUGGGUACAAGCUGAUGAUGAGGACAGACUGUUGUUGGACAGUGUUCAUGUUGAGGGUCUCGAGCAUCACUUCCUUGUGUCUUUCACACCAUAUUAGGUCACAGAUGUCAUAGGGAAGAUUCCCAUGGUGUGCCACUCCUCUCAUGAAGAACAGGGUGUUAAGGAUGCACUGCCAUGUACCAAUAAGGCUACAUGUCAUGCCAUUGCAAACCCAGCCUCCUGUCAUGCCAUUGCAACCCUGAGCCUCCCAUCAUGCUAUGGCAACCCUGAGCCUCCUGUGAUGUCAUGGCAACCCCAAGCCUCAUGCGAUGUCAUGGCAACCCUAAGCUGCAUGUGGUGUCAUGGUAACCCCAAGCCUCAUGUCAUGUGAUGGCAACCCCAAGCUUCAUGUGGUGUCAUGGCAACCUCAAGCCUCAUGUGAUGUCAUGGCAACCCUCAGCUUCAUCUGUCAUGGAAUAACUUCGAUUUACGCUUGGUUGGGAUUGACAUUUUAACAUAAGAUGGGUCAGAAGACUGCUCCAUUGACUCCCAACUAAACAAUAUUCAUGCACUAGUAAAUUGAACUGUAAGCCACACGAGUAUUGUCACACUAAGGUCACACCAGACAACUAUCAGUUGGGACCGGAUAAACUAGUCAGCAAACUGCAGCUGGGAACCGUGCCCUAUCUGUGUGGACUUGUGAGUCACAUGUGUGUGGACUUGUGAGUCACAUGUGUGUGGACUUGUGAGUCACGUGUGUGUGUUGACAUGUGUCUUGCCUGUAGGACAGAAUCUCAAUGUUUUACGGGUCAAGGUGGCUGUUUUUCAGAGUGAUUUGUCUUUGCCUGCAGUGUCUUGUACCACAGUCUGUUGGAAUGUAGAGUAGUUGCUCAAAGAUAUGGAUAGAGUCAAAGGGUUUUCACAGGAAUCACUGAAUCAAAUGAAUUGUUCUUAUCGACCUGAAAAAUGUGAAGGGACUCCUAGUUACGUGUCAGAUUCACCUGUAUGCAGGACUCCACAUCUGCUUACUCUGAUGGCUGGUGAUGACAUUGUAUCAUCUCUGUACCAUCUCUGUACCAUCACUGUACCACCUCUGUAUCAUCUCAGGUACAACUGUACCUUCCAGUAGAUGUUGUUAUUGUGUUAAUAGAGAUACACGGUACAUUACCACAUUUGGAGACAAUAUUUCAUUUUACUGAAGAUGUUUAUUUAUCAAAUCUUUCUAUUUUUAUUUAUUUUAGAUAGCUGUUUUUUUAUGAUGACUUUUAGUGGGCCACUUUAAAGCUGCCUGUGAUACUGCUGUGAUUGCGCCAGUGGGGACCACUGACUACCUUCAAGUGCCGUUACUGCUCACUUUGUCUACAUGCUGUAUAUACCUUGUGCCACAUAAAACCUGAAGCAACUUCAGGUCAUUUUUUGGUUUUGUUGAGCAAAACCUGAAACUUUCAAUGGGAGUCUUCACUGGGGUAAAUGAUACAUAUGCUGUAUCAGUGUAUUGGAUGUACUUAGCAUGAAAUAAGAGGAAGCUAUAGGAGACACUGUCACAGUCUUUAGAACUACUGAUUCCACUUGUGUGAUGUCAUUGUAUGUACAAGCAUUGUAUCGAUGUAGUAGUCAAAAGUGUGUCAGUUAAUGACUUAUCUGCCCUUGUUCAACACAAUGGACUUAUGUUAAUGAGUUAUCUCCCUUGUCUACACAAAGUGCUUAACUUAUUGAGUUUUCUCCUCUUGUCCAACACAAAAAACUUGUCAAGAUUAUCUCCCCUUGUCUUACAAAAAGAAUUUAAGUGAAUGGGUUAUCUCCCCUUCUCCUAAACAAAGUCAAGCUCCUCACAGCGAUAGUACGUUCCCGGAGCUCUCUAUACUAUCCCUGCCACCAGUCAAAACUCCCCACUGUGAAUAGGUGGCCACAACCAUGCUUGGAGUUGAACUCGCAA